AUGUCUUUGGUGUGGCUUUUGGCACUUUUGGCAGCCAUUGUACCAUUCAAUGAUGCCUCUGAUCGGGACUUAUUGAAGUGUAAACACCUAGACUUGGGUCUGGUGGUCGACACAACGAAAAGUAUACGAUGGAAAAACGUUCCGUAUCUUAGAAGAUCCCUUAAACAACUGAUUAAGUCAUUUGAAAUCUCCGCGGAUGGUACCCACGUCUCUCUCGAGACAUUCGCCAACGACAGCAACUUACUAAACACCUUCAAAGACGAAAAUUUCCAUUACACUAAAGCCAUGACAAAACUGAUCCAAAAAAGUAUUGGGAAACUCUCCAAGCCCACCCGACUCGAUCGAGCGCUUUUCAUCGCUGAUCAAAAGAUGUUUACCGAAGAGAAUGGUGACCGUGCAGGCGUGCAAAGCGUGAUGGUACUGUUUACUGACGGAAAGUCGCAUCCGCGAACCAAAGAUUUCGAGUCAGCGGUAAAUUCUUUAAAGGAAAAAGGAGUGCGUAUAAUUGUUGUUGCAGUUGACAAAUUUUCCACUAUUGAUAGGUACAAAGCUGUUUUACACAGCAUCGGAGGAAACAAUGUUAUCUAUAAAGAUGAUUAUAGAGACCUCGUCACCGUCACAGAAGACAUCAAAAGGUUUAUUUUCCCACCAACACCUUGUGAGUCACGAGUUCUUGAUGUUGCGUUUCUGGUCGACCGCACUCAAAGUCUUGGGAUAGAGAGUUUUAGACUACUGAGGGGCUUUCUCUUGGAGAUCGUCGAUACCUUAGAUGUUGGACCUAACGCUACACAUACUGCAAUCAUUUUGUUUGCCAAAAGACCCACGGUGCUAAACACGUUUAAGGAUAUUGAUUACCACAGCAACGAAGCCUUGUACCGUCUUAUUAGUAAUAUAUCAGUGUCGCUUGGGGACAGGACUUUUAUCGACCGAGCUCUAAUGGCUGCCAAUGAAAAACUGUUUACCGAGGAGGGUGGGGACAGGCCUGGUUUCCCCAAUGUUCUGGUUCUAAUGACGGAUGGAAAGACAAAUGAAAACUCCACAAAUUUCUCCGAGAUAUUUCCGCUUUUAAAGGAAAAGAAAGUUCACCUUGUGGCUGUGGGGAUCGGAAAGGAAAUAGGAGAGAAUGAGCUGAUCAGUAUUGCUGGAAAUAAAGAGAAUGUACACCUUGUUACCAGCAUCAAGGGUUUGCCAGAUUUGUUCUCAAAAAUGCUCAACGAAACGUGCAGUGUUGACGGGGGAUUUUCUCGCUGGGGUUCCUGGUCUGAAUGUGACGUGAAGUGUGGUGAGGGACGACAGAAUCGGAAAAGGACUUGCUCAAAUCCUUCUCCUCGGGGGUAUGGAGAAGACUGUGUUAGCGAUCGAGAGGAGGUCAGACCAUGUAACGAGGAACCUUGUGUUUCUGGCGUCGUCGAAAGUAAGUAUUUCGGUGCAGGUCAUGUGAACCUGGCCUUUAGCCUGGGUCUGGAUGCUCGUUGCACUAUUGCUAAUUACACAGGUGACCCAGGACUUACCGGAUUCAAGCUUCCAACGCUGACCAAAAGUAAUGGUCUUCAUCGGAUUACAACUGGUGGAGCUAAACCAGAGUAA